AAGAAAAUCUGCCUGCUUGCGACCUUCUGCAUACGGCGCAUCGUGAACUGUACCACCAAGCGCAUUUGCCUAGACAUCUGGCCCUGCCUUAUGCCAGAGUCCCAGCCGCUGAAUACUAGGCUUUCAACAGAGCAAAGAACUGCCACUUCCGUUGGCCAACCCGGCCCCCAACCGGAUUUACUGACCCUGGUACUGAAGCAACGUGAUCCGCGAAUGAGACAACUCUGUUUGCUACGGGCUGUCAACGCUCUGGUCGCCGUGACACCCUACCAGCGCCUGCGUCCCGGCUUGCUCUCCGACCUCUUACCGGCACUCAAUAAGUUUCUCUUCAUAUCGUCCUCCUUCGCUCCCGUCACGGCCUCUACACAGGAACCAACAAGACGAACACAUUUCCAGUCCGCUGUCCUGACUGUCUGGGGCACAGUCCUAGGCAAAUCAACCGCCCCCAUUCUUGAGUACUGUCUGCGCCUCAUUCACCCCAGCGUCGCAGACUUGGCCUGGGACGCAAAACCCGCCGCUCAGGAGGUCAAGGCGAAUUCGGAGGUCCCCUCCGGUGCCAGUCUAGUACAAGCCAAUCAACUGCGUUUACAGGCCUUUGCCACGCUGAUCCACUUCAUGCCUCAUUACUACGAGUGCCUGCGGCCGAGCAUGCCCCUCAUUCUCAAGACUAUUCGUCUGUGCCUAAAGCCGGACCUCAAGGAGAACAAAGCGUUACAGUACAAUCUGCUGCGUCUUUGUGACNNCCUUCUUUCGCGCCUCAAGUGUCAGGCGACUGGGGCGCCCUGCCCUGCCGAGCAGGACCCCGGUGCUGCUGGGGAAGCCGCCAAAGUCGCAGACCGCAAUGCCUCAGACACAAACACUCGCCAACUCCUCGUCUGUUGGGAUAACAUCGACACCACUGCCCGCCUCCUCCGUCUCCUAUACCCAUCGUGUUCCACUGCAAAGGAUGCAUCAGGCAAACCGGCGAUUGGGCAGGUGGUGGUGAUGGUCAGUCCGGCAAAAGUCGCCGCCCAUGCCCGUCAGGACAUAGUCUCACUCACAUAG